AUGGCUCGCACCCGCAACCAGUCUUGCACCUCAUCGCCGAUGUACGACCCGCAAGGAGACAAAGGGAGCCGAGGGGGAAGCGAUGGCUGCACCCAGCCACCUUCUGCAAGCAAUCCCCAGCCCCCAUACGCGAGCGAUCAAGUGCGGACCAAUCAUGAGGGGCCAGCAAUUUGCUGA